UUCUAAACCAAAAAAACGACACAAGUUGUGUGCCGUAUCGAUAAAGGGGAAAAAACAGCGAGUGAGUUAAAAGAAAACACGAAAAAUUGGAACACGAUGGAAGAAGAUUUAGAUUUUGGGAAGAAAGUUUCGAUAAACGACACAAUGGAAGUGAUUGAUCCAACCAAAAUCGUUCUUUUGCUUCGCGCUUUUCUCGAAAUUCAACAACGCCGAGCCCAAGCAUAUUCCAAACUCAAAAGUGGGUUUUCUGACUACAUGACUUCUGGAGGAGAAUUGGCUUACCAGCAGCUUUGCAGUGGAAUCACAAAAGAGUUUAAUGAUUGCUCAAAAGAAGUCCGUGAAAUGGAGUCACUGUUUCAGAGCCCUGACUAUAGCCGCGUUGACCUAGCACAAAUCCUUAGAGCUGUUCAAGAUCAAGAAAAGCAGAAACUGCAUCUGACAGCUACCAUUCAGCUGUUAAAGAAAGCUGGCCGGCCAUCUGAACGAUUGGUGAGCCAUGAGAAUUGCAAAUUUACAAAGUCAACAGAGCAUGAGUGUGUCCAUGUUAAGGAGAUCACUGAAGCUUCUGGGACUGAAGAAGCAGAAGCGGAUGCCGAGUUUGAUAACGCUCUGAAUGAAGCUAUUAGAGGUGUCCAGGAUGCAGUCAUGGCCAUCAAUGAGCAUCUAGAAGAAGUCAGAUAUGAGAUUGCAGCACUUGAAGCAGAGUGAGCCUUUGCUGAUUCAUUACUGAAAUGCUCAGUGCUAACAGAUAUUGGCAUGUCUCUAUAACCAGUGAAAUGUAUAUAGGCACCCUAAAAUGCAGUUCAUGAAUUUUGUUUUGUUACAAGCAACUUUUAUUAAAAUGGCCAAAAAAUGAUUAAAUUUAUUUAAAUGUGUUUUUAACACUUUGUUACUUGAUGGAAAUGGAUGAUCAGUGCUCUGAUUUGGACUU